AAAUUGACUUUUCACUCCCUCUGGAUCUAGGGUUUCCUCUUCGUGUGACUCAACUGCAUCAUCAUCAACGAAAAAAAAGAAAAACAGUUCAUCAAACCCUAAAUCUAAAACUUCGAUUUUUCACUCCCUCUGGAUCUAAGGUUUUUUCGCCGUCGUGGUCGUCACCGUCAGGAAUACAAUCAAUCACCAUCGUCAUCGGAAAAAUCUAUUUUCCAUAAAAACCUUAAUUUUCCGAUCUGUCUAUUUUUUGUUUGUAUCAGCAAUUGGAUAAACCGUGAGAAAACCGGACCGUUCGAUAUUCGAAUUUCAAAAACGUGAACGAUGAGAGGAUCCGAUUGCUGGUUUUUCGAUUUUUGAUUUUUUUAAGGGAAAAUUUCCCACGAUGAUGAGAAAUUGAAAGUGAAAAGCCGAAUCCGAUUCCUGUUUUUGAUUACUAUUACUAUUGUUAUUAUUGUUCUUGGAAUAUACAAAAAUGUAUAAAUCUAUGGAGAUGGUGAAGGUGUAUGAAGGUGAGACACUUCUGGGAGAAGUGGAAUUGUAUCCUCAGAACGGUGUCGUUUGGGGUGGGAAGGAAAUUCGAGUCUCUCACUAUUCUCAACCCAGUGAGAGGUGUCCACCACUUGCAGUGCUUCACACUAUUACUUCUUCUUCUUCUUCUGGGCUUAGCUUCAAACUGGAAUCCAAAUCUCCAAAGACACAGACACAGGACUACUCGCCGCUCUAUGUUUUGCACUCCACCUGUCUCAGAGAAAACAAGACUGCUGUUAUGUCCCUUGGAAGGGAGGAGCUUCAUUUGGUUGCGAUGCAGUCUAGGGAGUAUGGUGGUUUUUGCCCUUGUUUUUGGGGAUUCAUUGUCUCCCCAGGACUAUAUAGUUCUUGCCUGGUCAUGCUGAACCUUAGAUGUCUUGGAAUUGUAUUUGAUCUUGAUGAAACACUCAUAGUUGCCAACACUCUCCGUUCGUUUGAAGAUAGGAUAGAGAACUUGCAGCGUAAAAUAAAUGGUGAGGCUGACCCACAACGUGUACUGGGAAUGGUGGCUGAGGUGAAGCGUUAUCAAGAAGAUAAAAGUAUAUUGAAGCAAUAUGCAGAAAAUGAUCAGGUCAUUGAUAAUGGAAAAGUGAUCAAAUGUCAGCCUGAAGUCUUUCCAGCUUUAUCUGACAGUCAUCAGCCAAUUGUUCGGCCACUUAUUAGGCUACUUGAUAAAAACAUUAUUCUGACCCGUAUUAAUCCAUUGAUUCGUGAUACAAGUGUUCUUGUGAGAUUGAGACCUGCAUGGGAGGAUCUCCGAAGCUACUUGACUGCAAGGGGUAGGAAGCGUUUUGAAGUCUAUGUUUGCACCAUGGCUGAAAGAGAUUAUGCUUUAGAAAUGUGGAGGCUUCUUGAUCCAGAUUCAAAUUUAAUUAGCUCAAAUGAGCUGUUGAAUCGUAUAGUCUGUGUCAAGUCUGGCUUGAAGAAAUCUUUAUUUAAUGUUUUCCAAGAUGGAAACUGUCAUCCUAAGAUGUCGUUGGUCAUUGAUGAUCGUUUAAAAGUGUGGGAUGAGAAGGAUCAACCCAGAGUGCAUGUUGUUCCUGCCUUUGCUCCAUAUUAUGCUCCUCAAGCUGAAGGCAACAACUCUGUUCCUGUGCUGUGUGUUGCAAGAAAUGUCGCGUGUAAUGUCAGGGGUGGUUUUUUCAAAGAUUUUGAUGAGGGCCUCUUACAACGAAUUUCAGAUGUUGCAUAUGAAGGUGAUAUUAAAGAAAUACCUUCUGCUCCUGACGUUAGUAACUAUUUGAUUUCAGAGGAUGAUGCUACCACUUCAAAUGGGAAUAAAGAUUCCCUUGGUUUUGAUGGCAUGUCUGAUGCUGAAGUUGAAAAGAGACUAAAGGAGGCAAUGUCAGCUUCAGCAACUGUUCCAUUGACAGUCUCAAGCUUGGAUCCUAGAAUAUCUCCAGCUUUCCAGUACCCUGCGCUGUCGUCUUCACUCUCAAUCCCUACACCAACCAUGCAAACUCUUGGGAUGCCUCUCCCUGGUCAACAGCUACCUCAAGUGACUCCUGUUCUUAAAUCAUCAUUGACUCAAGUGGGGCCUCAAGACACAAGCUUACAGAGUUCUCCUGCUAGAGAAGAAGGUGAGGUACCGGAAUCAGAAUUGGAUCCUGAUACUAGGAGGAGACUACUUAUUUUACAACAUGGUAUGGACAACAGAGAGCAUGCAUCAGGUGAAUCUCAGCUUCCUGUACGGCCCUCUGUACCAGCAUCUGUUCCUAGGGUUCAACCACGUAGUUGGUUUCCAACAGAGGAAGAAAUGGGUCCUGGACAACUGAACCGAGUCCUACCACCCAAGGAUUUUCCUUUGAGUGCAGAUUCAAUGCAUAUGGAGAAGCACCGACCUCAUCAUCCUCCUUAUCUCCACAAAAUGGAUGGUUCUGUUCCAUCUGAUAGACAUGUUGAAAGCCAGAUGUUGUCAAAGGAGGCAAUACCAAGUGAUGAUCGAAUGAGAUUGAAUCAAUCACUGCCUAGAUUUCAAUCAUUUUCAGGUGAGGAAGUUCCCUUGGCCCGGUCUGGGAAUAGGGAUCUUGACCUUGAACCUGGACGAUUUGAUUCAUAUGCUGAAACAGAAGUUGGAGCAUUACAUGAUAUUGCAUUGAAGUGUGGAACAAAGUUGGAGUACAGGUCAACAUUGGUUUCAAGCAGUGAUCUGCAGUUCAAUGCAGAGGCCUGGUUUGCGGGUGAGAAAAUUGGAGUAGGAAUUGGUAGAACUAGAAGGGAAGCACAGCAUUAUGCCGCUGAGAGAUCUCUUAAGAAUUUGGCUGACAAGUACAUGUCACGUCUCAACCCCGAUUCAAGUUCUAUACCUGGUGAUGGGAUUCGGAAUGGUUUUGCAAAUGACAACAAUAUGUUUGGGUAUCAAUCAAUUAAGGAGGAUGUUCUGCCAUUUUCAUCCACAUCAGAACCACUUCGAGGUCUGGACUCAAAACUGGAGGCCUCCAAGAAGUCAAUGGGUUCAGUUGCUGCGCUUAGAGAGCUGUGCACAACAGAGGGCCUUAGUUUGGCCUUUCAAACUCAACCACAACUUUCUGCUGCUCCAGGCCAGAAAAAUGAAAUACAUGCCCAGGUUGAAAUAGAUGGAGAGGUGUUUGGUAAGGGAAUUGGGUCAACAUGGGAUGAAGCUAAGGCACAGGCUGCUGAAAGGGCUCUUGGAGCUUUAAAAUCCACGCUUGGUCAGUUCUCUCACAAACGCCAGGGUUCUCCAAGGUCAUUGCAGGUGUUCUCCAAUAAACGGUUAAAGCCUGAAUAUCCUCGAUUUGUACAGCGGGUGUCAUCCUCUUCCAAGUAUUCAAAGAAUGCUUCUGCCGUGCCAUGAAACAUAGAUGUUGAUCGAUACUCCUUUUGUCCAAAUGCCCACAUAGAGAGCAGACCUAAUAUGACAACAUUACCUGCAACCGAGGCCAGCUGCUUUCACGGGUGUGCCCCCAUCAACUUACUGUGGAUGAUACCAUUCCUACAACCAAGUGCCCUUGCCUCUAUUUAAAAAACUUGUUCGCGAAACCUUCCUGGCUAUACACAUCUGCUUAAAGUGAGUUUCAAUGUCCAUCAACUUUGCGCGACAUUACUAUGGGUUUGUUGUAUCAUUUCCACCCCCUGGCCCAUAAAGCCUCAUUAGCGCUUCACUAUAAUCACAAUGUUUGAAAGCCGGCUCAUCCAUGGAUGAUUCGGUAUGACCUGAAUGUGUAGCUUUGGUUCUAUUCUGUGGUGAUCAUGGCGAGAUGGGAGAUGAUGGGGAUGUAGAUUUGAAUAGUUUAGUAGAUGGCUUUGUUUGCCGGAGCAGACUCCAAAUUUUGACGGUUCCAGCCUCUGGUGGUUGGUCGAGGACUCGAGGUUGUUAAACUUGACCAAACCUCUCUUCUUGGUUCCUCUUCGUUACGAGGAAAAAUUUUGUGUUGUAUCGUUACAUUCUCUGCUGGUGUGAAUGUACUGAGGUAGAUGUCAUAGUCUCCAUCCUAUCCCUCCCUCCUUGUAUAGGAUGGUUUUUCCUUUUCGUUUAGUGUCUUUCUUUUUGUAUAAAGGCUCUGAUUAAUGCAAUUUUCCCACCUUUUUUCGUGUUAGAAAUCAAGGUAAAUAUAUUUCUUUACAAUGUGAAAA